UCGUUUUUUGGAAGGAAAAAAAAUCCUCAUGGGAGUCUUGCCACGAAGUGAUGAACCAAAAAAAAACCUUGUGGUUCUUUUAAAAAAAAAAAAAAAAAACACACAUUGAUGGUAGUUAAAAGAAAAAGGGCAAAGCUACUAUACCUUGUAUUAACAGCAACGCAACGGUCUGAAAUUUCGUUCAUUUCCCAGUGUUGGAACUCAUAUAAGAGAAUAGAUCACCAUCUUUAAGACUUUACACCAUCAAUCGAACCCCAAUUGGUCCGAAAUUGAUCGAAUUCAUGUUAAACCCUUAUUUAUCGCUAGCUUUUCUUGAAAGCAAUCACCACCUUCAUCUGCAAUCAAUCUCGACCUCCAUCGUCGAUUCCCAAGAUCUUCGUGCUGCAAUUUCACUCUUCUUUCUGUAAAAUUCGACAUUCGAUAGAAUUUGAAGCGUCGCAAAUUAGGAAUUUCAUCAAUUAGUUCAAAAUCAGAGCUUUUUUGGCGCCUCAUUUGACACAAAAUUGAUUGAAUCAGAUUACAAUUAUGAUGAAUUGCAGUAGCGAAGAAGAUGAAGCUGAAGUUAACGAGUUAGAGCGUUUUGAUGAUUUUACGCUUGCUUCUUCUUGGGAAAGGUUUAUUUCAGAAAUCGAAGCCGUGUGUCGGCGUUGGAUGGCUGAUGGCCCUAGGAACUUGUUGGAGAAGGGUGCUGUGCUUGUAGGAACUUCUAAUGAACUGUAUAAGACCAAUUGUGAGCUGAAAUAUGAUAAGAAAAGCUACUGUAUGGAGUAUUACUUUAAAGAGAAGCGUAAAGGCAAAGUCACAAACUGGGACUCUACUUGGCACCAUUUGCAGCUGGCAUUUGGAGUAACCGAGUUUUUGAUAAUUGCACCACAAAGUGCUAGCGGUGUAGUAUUGAACUCCCCUGAGGCCAGCAAGCUUCUCAGUGCUGUUGCAAUUGCUAUGUCCAACUGUUGCAGUCUAUGGCCAGCCUUUGUCCCUGUUCACGACCCUUCUCGAAAAGCGCAUAUCGGUAUUCAAAAUAUGGGAACUGUGUUCACAAGAAGGUUUGAAUCAGACUGCAUCAAGAGUCAGGUUCCUGUGAAGCUCAUGCAUUUGGAAGGGUUGUAUGAGCUGUUUGUGUCCAAAUUUGCCUUCUCAACACUGGACUUCACAAUGUGCAAAGUUCAAUUUACAAUGAAGCUCACCUACAGAACCCUUCCGUGUGAUGAUGAUGAUGAUGAUUAUAUUCGUGAAGCUGAAGCUGAGGACUCAGAAUCUAGUGCUGGUGCCAAGGGUGAACUGUUUCAAAGAUUACAAUGGGAUGAUGAUUGCCCUUGGAGUGAAUGGUACUCAGCUGAAGAUCCGGUAAAAGGAUUUGAGUUGGUGACGAUAUGGUCAGAUAGGACAAUUGAGAGCUCCCUUGAGAUGGCUGAAAUCGAAAAUUCUUCACCUCAUGAAGCUAAAAUGUGGCAUUUACUUCCAAUUAUUUUGGACAUUUCAAAUGAAGGUCAGAAAGUCAAAGCAGUUGGAUUUGCUUCACAACUAUCUCUCUUGGUUGUUGCCAUGGAGAUGUCAUUUGAGGCUCAAUUUUUGGAAGAUUUUGUGUCAGGUUUGAAAGUGGAUUCCCGUGCAGAAAAACUGAGGUCUUCAGCAUCCAUUCCUCCACCAACUGUUGUUGCUCGUGUACUCAAAGAGCUGUUUCAUGAGGGAGUUGAUGCAUUAGACCUUUUCAAAGGCGAGAACAAAAGUUCUCGAGCAAUUAAAGGCGCACCAGCAGAAUCAUUAUUUGCACAGUUUUGCUUAAAUUCUCUGUGGCUUGGUAACUGCAAUAUACGUGCUAUAGCCAUACUCUGGAUUGAGUUUGUUCGAGAAGUUCGUUGGUGCUGGGAAGAAUCGCAACCAUUGCCAAGAAUACCUAUCAAUGACACCAUUGACCUUUCCUCUUGCUUGAUUCAUCAGAAAUUGCAGAUGCUUGCGAUGUGUAUUGAAAAGAAGCGUGAAGCAAAUGCAGAAUUCUUUGAUGCUACAGAAGACAAAGAUGGUGUGCCUAACUACAUGGAGGAGGAUUUGCCAUCCAAGCCAGAUUCCACUAGAAAUAUGGAUAAGAAAACUCACAGAAGGAAGAGACGGGAUGAUUUGAAUGACACUCAAGAAGCAGUGAAUGACCUUAAUGCCCUUGAUGUGGCAUCUGAUCGCAUUAGACGAGGCUCAGCUGGUGUUGCAGGAUCAAUGACGCUGCUGAGUUCAUGCCAAAAAAUGCAUGCUCCAUUUACUCAGGAUGCACCACCAAUGACAGAAGAUAUUCAUGAUGAACGGCUGAAUGCUGUUGCUGCAUUCGGUGAUUCAUUUAGCUUUUCUGCCCAGUUAGAGAAAGAGAUCUUAUCAUCUGACAUGUCAGCUUUUAAAGCAGCGAAUCCAGAUGCUGUGUUUGAGGACUUUAUUAGAUGGCAUUCACCAGGAGAUUGGAUAAGUGAUGGCAAUGAGGGAAGCAAAUUAUCAGGAACUCGAUUGAGUAGCGAUUGGCCUCCAAGGGGACGACUUUCAAAAAGAAUGUCUGAUCACGGGAAUUUUUGGCGGAAACUUUGGAAUGAUGCACCUGCUUUGGCAGCUUAUGAGCAGAAACCACUUUUGGACCCUAAUCGAGAGGGAGAAAAGAUUCUUCAUUACUUGGAGACAUUGCGACCACAUCAACUGCUUGAGCAGAUGGUUUGUACAGCAUUCAGAGCAUCAGCUGACACCUUAAACCAGGCAAGCUUUGGUGACUUGAAUCAGAUGAAGAGCAAACUCGAUCAAUUUUAUCUCACCAUGGCAUCUAUGCUCAGGCCUCUGCAAGCAAAUCAACUAUCUCAGGACAGUGACAUUUUUGAAGAUCUUAAAAGGCUGUGCGUCAUAUUUGAACACGUAGAGAGAUUGACAGUUCUGGCAGUUUCCCUUUAUCGAAAGUUUAUUCUUGCACCACGGCUUUUCAAUGCGAUAUUUAGUGAUUACUAUAACUUUUACCUUCCCAGAAUGGGUAAAAGUGAAGUGGAAGUCGACUUUCACAAGGAGUUUGACCAAAGACAGCAAGUAUGGAUUGAUGAAAGAAAUGCCGUGGCAGAUCUAUUUGUACCACCUACCUCUAACCAGUCAUGGAGAAAAGUGCUAAGCAUGGGGAAUCUUCUUAAUGGCCAUGAACCCGUGCUUAGAGAAAUUAUCUUUACAAUGUGUGAUGAUAUUAAUGACCACCAUUAUGCAACCCAUAAUCCUCUAGGUCCUCAACAAGAUAUCGAAACUUAUCGUAUGUACAUCGAAGGAACCUCAAAUGAUUUAGGUGUUUCCCUCUCGAUUGUUUCAUGUGAUUAAUUCUUUCAGUAAGUAUUCUGUAAAACAGUUGUGUAACUUAUGUUAGCAAUCUUAGCACCCCCUUAAUUUAUGUGCUCAUGAACAAUUGAGAAACUAGUUCUGUAGCUGUUCUCGCUAGAGAAUGCAUAUAUAUACCGUUAGAUUGGUUAAAUUAGCUCUGAAACUAUUGAUCAGCUUUGAUGAUGUAUGGAUUCAUUGUAGAGAACUGUAAUGACUAAUGAGAAUACCUGCUUAAUUUUUA